CAGGGCUGGACUGACCAUUUGGAAACUCUGGCACUGCCCGAGGGCCCGGGGUCAGUAGGGGGCCCCAUGAGAUGCCCCUGGUACCUUUUUCAUAGGCUUUUUUGAGUUUGGGCAAGGACACAGGGGCCCCAUGAUCCCCUAUUGCCCGGGGGCCCCAUGAGCUGUCAGUCCGCCCCUGCUCAGGUAAGGAGCUCACUUGACAAUAUCCACUUCAGCUCUCACACCUAUUUACCCCCUGUGGACCAGACCAUAUUUUCACAU